AGCGUCUCUCCAUAUCGUGGUCUGCGCAUACCUAUUUCGCAGGACUCCACGACUCGCUGGCACUAUAUGGUUGACUCCGCCAGUGAUUCUCCAGUCUCUAUUUCUUCUCCUACCGUCUCCUCAGUCCUCGGCAUAAAGGGGUCCCUUCGUUUCCGCCGUCAUGGUGCAAGUCAGAAGGCACACGUCGUCCUACGACGCGUAGAACUUCCAGAAGAGUCAGGAAAUGGUACUGGUAAAAGCCCUGUUGCAUACUUUAGCCUUUUCGCGCAGAAAAGAAUCGAGGUCAAGCCUGGCAAGGAGAUUUUACUAGCCGUAGCUUCCGAGGAUGGAUCUUUCACAGACCAGGCCGUCAUUUUCGAAGGAGAUCUUCUCGGUUCAGAUACACGAACUGAAGUCGAACAAGAAACGCAAACUAAUAUCGAACCCGUUGUUGAUGUUCCAUUUGUCCCUCCAAAAAUGAGGAGAACCUGGACCAAGGCAUUUGAACAGGUGAGCGUAGUACCAGGUGAGUGAUGCGUGCUUGACCACUGGGGGUUCUUUUCAAUGUGCUAUUUAUCGUGUAGAUAGCGCCCACCGCACGCCGCCUCCACCUGAACGUGUAUCAGUGGGUGUUCAGGCUCAGCCAUCAUGGGCAGUGAGUUCGGUCCAGGCAGUUCCAAUAACAUCUCCUGUUCAAAUUGGAC